AGCACUCCUCAACAAAUUUUGGUGUCCGAAAGGCUUUCACAAUUUUUCCCGCCGUUUCUCACGAGGACAACGCAAUCAGAUACCAAAAUCCCGUGCCCACCAAGUACCAGUCUACCACCCUCCUCUAAAUCCCAGCCGUACGUUUGAUGGUAUCGCUCAGUCUGAAGGUUCAUCGCACUUGGAUUUCCCAAACGGCUGUAGCCACCACACCGGCGAUAGCUAGGGUAUUCAGACGGCCUUCUUCGAGCUCCAUCAGAACAGAUAAGGUUUUGAUGCACAAGUUCUUCACUGAAUCUGAUUUUCGCCCUUGAAGACUGAUAUAUUUACGUUUCUGUCAUCGCAUUUGCGCGAGGUUUUACAAUUAGGAUUUUUGGGGUUUUACUUUGCAGCGUCUUCAAUGGCGAAAGCUUCAGCUGGAGCUACGAACCGGUACACCAAGACGGGGGUACGAAUUGUGGUUGCUGGGGACCGAGGCACCGGAAAAUCGAGCCUGAUUGCGACGGCAGCGGCCAAGAACUUCAUGACAAAUGUGCCGCCGGUGUUGCCGCCAACGAGGCUGCCCGAUAAUUUAUUCCCCCAACUCGUGCCCAUCACGAUCAUUGACACUUCUUCUCGUGUGGUGGAUGAUUAUAUAGUUGCUGAAGAAUUGAAGCGAGCUGAUGCAGUUGUGUUUACUUAUGCGUGUGAUGAGCCUACAACACUUGAUCGAUUGAGUACUUUCUGGCUUCCAAAACUCUGUAAACUAGAGGUGAAAGUCCCAGUUAUAGUGGUAGGUUGUAAGCUGGACUUGAGAGAUGAGAACCAGAAGGUGAGCCUGCAGCAGGUGAUGUCACCAAUAAUGGAACAAGUUCUGGAGAUUGGAACUUGCCUUGAAUGUUCAGCACUUAAACAAGUUCAGAUCCCUGAAGUUUUCUACUAUGCACAAACAGCUGUACUUCAUCCAACAGGUCCACUAUUUGAUCAGGAAACACAGACUUUGAGGCCCAGAUGUAUUCGAGCCUUGAAGCGGAUAUUUAUUCUUUCUGACCAUGAUAGGGACGGUGCCCUUAGUGAUGUAGAGUUGAAUGAUUUUCAGGUCAAAUGUAUGAAUGCUCCAUUACAACCUUCUGAAAUAGUAGGUGUUAAGAGGGUUGUGGCAGAAAAACUGCCUGAAGGAGUCAAUGAACGUGGGCUUACUUUGACGGGCUUCCUCUUUCUUCAUGCACUAUUCAUAGAAAAAGGGCGUGCUGAGACAAUGUGGACUGUUCUAAGAGAAUUUGGAUACACUAAUGAUAUCAAACUUGCGGAGGAUCUCAUCCCAUUGUCUUUCGAACGAGCUCCUGAUCAGAGUGUGGAGCUGACAAAUGAAGCGAUUGAGUACCUGAGGGGAAUCGUUGAAUUGCAUAAUAGCAAUACUCGAUGUGCUACUCCUGAUGGGGAGCUGGGACCUUAUGAAAUUGACGAUAUAUUUUCUACUGCUGCAGAGAGUCCUUGGGAGAAAGAGCCAUACGUGGAUGCUGCACAGAAAAAUGCAUUUGGAGGGUUGUCAUUUGAUGGAUUUUUGUCAAUGUGGGCCUUUAUGACACUUCUAGACCCAGCUUCGAGCAUGGAGAAUUUGAUAUACAUUGACUAUCCUGGUGAUCCUUCAUCUGCAUUUCGUGUGACUAGAAAAAGGCAUUUGGAUCGCAAGAAGCAACAAACAGACAGAAAUGUUUUCCAAUGUUUUGUUUUUGGGCCCAAGAAGGCUGGAAAGUCUGCAUUGUUGAAUUCUUUUCUUGGAAGGUAUUCCAGGCCUUUUUGUGAUAAAUAUACUCCAACCAUUGAAGAUCAUUAUGCAGUGAACGUUGUAGAUGAACCUAGGGGAACAAAAAAGACCCUUGUAUUGAGAGAGAUACCUGAAGACGGAGUUAGCAAACUCCUAUUAGAUAAAGAAUCUUUGGCUGCUUGUGACGUAGCAGUGUUUGUUCAUGACAGUUCUAAUGCAAUAUCAUGGGAGAGAGCAACUGAGUUUCUGGUAGAAGUUGCUAGUCAUGGUAAAGAUACUGGCUUUGAGGUUCCUUGCCUCAUUGUGGCAGCUAAAGAUGAUCUGGACUCAUUUCCCAUGGCAAUGCCAAAUUCUACUAGGGUUAGUCAGCACACGGGAGUAGAGGCUUCCAUACCUAUCAGUACGAAGUUUGGUGAUCUCAAUAAUGUAUUCCGUAGGAUUGUAAGUGCUGCACAACACCCUCAUUUGAGCAUUCCUCAAACUGAAGCUGGGAGAAGCCAUGAGCAAUACCUUAGACUAAUAGACCACUUAGUUAUGGACUUUUCGGAUUUUGCGAUGGUGUGAACUUCACAUGUGGGGUAUCCACUAUCCAGAUCGUCGAAUGUGAACUGUGCAUUGCUCGCAGCAUCAUACUGGUGCAGUUUUUGUGUUCUGCCGAUAUGUCUAUAACUGAGUGUAUAUGGGGCUACGCUUGUAAAUCUGGGAGAUGGGAGAUUGAUCUAUGAGCCAUAUUUGCUUUCUUGGGGAUUACUUUGAUAGGGGCUCAUAGCUUUUUCCAAUUUUUAGAACUAGAGUAUGAAGAGUAAAAGACUACUGAAAGAAAUACAUAUACACACCUCAGGUAUUGUGACCGUCAUUUCAGCCAAUGGGAAGUUAUUGAAACUUAAAAGACAAUAAAAAGGAAAGCACUUGUCUGUA